GAGCCUUCAAAUUCCAACAAUAACACCGAAAUCCUGAAGGAUCAGUCUUUUUGGACACCUACUGAAGACCUUCCUCUUUCAGCAAGCCUUUUAAGUAGAGACCUUCAUCCCAGUCUGCAUCUGUACUGGAAUUGUUUUUGAGAUGCUGGAAGGCUGGAUCUUGACUAUCCUCGUGUCUGUUGGUGUCGGCUCAGUUCUUUUCAUGGUGGCCCUGGUGGUCCUCCUCAGGAACAACUUCCAUGCGAACAUGUUCUGGAAUGAAAUCGUCCUAGAGAACAUCACCAACUUCGUCAUGGAUCAGAGCAAAGAGCAGCGGAUCUUAAACUCGGUGUCGUACAAUGCCGUCAAGGGGGACCCCGAGAGUGUCUUGGACUGCAUUGAUAAGUACUGCUCCCAGAAAGAAUGGGCAAUGAAUGUCGGGGACGAGAAAGGUUUGAUCCUAGACAAGAUCGUCGAGGAGGCAGAGCCCACCAUCGCUUUGGAGCUUGGAACGUACGUCGGCUAUUCGGCUAUAAGGAUCGCUCGGCUUUUGAAACCGAAGGCCCGCCUGCUUUCCGUCGAAUUCAACGCCGAGUUUAUCCCCAUUGCCAAAGAAAUCAUCGAGAUUGCCGGACUCAGCGAUAAGAUCACAAUCAUUGAGGGCCAUUCGCAGGAUGUCAUCCCUCAGCUGAGGGGAAAAUACCAGGUGGACAAAUUAGAUUUUGUCUUUUUGGACCACUGGAAAGAGCGAUACUGUCCGGACACCAUCCUUCUCGAAGAGGAAGGCUACCUAAGGAAGGGCACCAUUAUUCUGGCCGACAACAUCGUCUACCCAGGGGCUCCCGAUUUCGUCAAAUACAUCCGUAGCCACAAAAGCUUUGAUUGUACUAACUACCCCUCUCAUCUGGAGUACAUGAAAGUGGAAGAUGCGAUGGAAAAAGCUGUCUACCUGGGAUAACAAAAGAGACUUGUGCUGAGCCACUCCUUGCAUGUGUGAGCCCACAGCGCAAUCCUGUCUGUGUGUCAGCUUUAGCUUUCUGUAAUUGGGGGCCUGUCAUUGAAGCAAGCGUAUCGUAGUGGGACAAGUUACGUGGAAGGCAGCUAAGCAGUAGAGAGAGAGAGAGCUUGGGUUGUAGCCAACUUUGCUCUAUUCAGAGUAGACCCAUUGAAACGACUGGACCUAAGUCGGUCCUGUCCUUUGUUUUCAGUGGGCCGUAUCCAACAAUCUCUGUCUGCUAGCGCAAGAGCCCUUGUGCUAGCGGCUGGCAGAGUUUAAAGAUUGCGCAACAAAGGGAUCCCAUCCAGCAGUUGCUGUAGUGGCAGGUUCUUGCACAGCAGCUGAUUCUCGUGUGCAGUCCGUUGCGCAAGCAUCUUUGACAUGUUUGUGUCUUCCCUGCCGCAGUAGUGUUGCACCAGUGCAGUAAGGACACCACUACAUUUCUUUUCACUUUGCGCUGCCUUGGAUGCAACCCAGUGGGUCUACUCUGGGUAGGACUAACAUUGGCUACAACCCCUUGUGCAUAAAUAGGCUAGGCAGCUUAGUUCCCAGCUGACAGACAACUUCGUUACUUUUCCGUUUUGGUGAAUGCCCAUUUUCAAUUGUAGACUUAGAAAUGGCAAACCACACUUGGCCUGUUGGAUUUUUGGUCUUCCUCUGACGGUGUCAAAGCCCAAGUCCAAACGGGCUAAGUUAGUCUUUGCAUUUCACAGUCAAACAAGACCCAGUUGCCUAUGGCAGCAUGUAAUUAGGAGUGGCCAGAUAAGUUGCAUCCUUGCAGGGGUAUUUUUGGCAAAAUAUGAGGCAAGACAAUUAACAGCUGUGCCCACCACCGUCCUUGAUGCCAUCCAGUUAACGGCAGGCAGGAAAUGUGAACAGAGAGGUAAAUAGUUUGUUUUAUAGAAGCACCCGGUCCUGUGGCUUCGUGUUAAGCUUAGUCUGCGUGCUGCACUCGCGGAGAUCUGACAGCUACAAUCUGUAUCUAAGUCAUGCAACUUAAGCUAACAGGCAUAUAUUUGUCGAUUCCCCCACCCCGUUGGUUUGGGAAAGGAGCAAUGGUGAUGAGCGUGCUGACUCUGCCCUCUUUGGUCGCCAGUGUGUAGAAUGGGAAGGCUCCCCUUAAGACAUUUCUGGAAUGGAAUCCUUAAUAUAACACAAAAUAUUUUAGGGUAUAAUAUACUGAGAAAUGUGAAGACUGUACUUUGUUUAUUAAAAACAAGAGAGACAGACUUGGUUACAAGCUUAUUGACAGGCGCUAAAAGAGGUAUUGCACAACUACGGAAAGAAAAAUGAUGCCUGACAUUUAAAGGCCGGAUGUAGAAGAUACAGGACAUCGCUCCAGUGACCAAGCUGACCUCCUACUCCCCCUCAAUUCAUUAACAAGCCAAGAAGCUACAUUUAUUUAAAAAAUGGGCAUUUUUUAUCAUUGCUGGAAUGAAAAAAAAAUGACAUUAUACUAUAUAAUU